AUGGCGGGGGAAGCUCGAAAGUUACAAUUGAAUGAGCUUGAGGAAAUGAGGUUGUUUUCGUAUGAGAAUGCCAAACUUUUUAAAGAAAAUACCAAGAAGUGGCAUGACAAAAGAAUUCAACCUCGAGUGUUUGAGAAAGGGCAGCGAGUUUUGCUCUUUAACUCGCGGUUGAGGUUAUUUCCGGGCAAAUUGAAGUCUCGUUGGUCGGGCCCAUUCACCAUAACCAAAGUUUAUCCUCAUGGAGCUGUGGAUGUUUGUAAUGAGCAAUCCGGAAAGGAAUUUAAAGUGAAUGGGCAGCGUCUAAAGCAUUAUCUUGGUGGUGAGGUCGAUCGAGCAAAAACCUCAAUCACUUUGGAGGAUGCAUGA